AUGUUAUUUAGCUUAUCAUGGAGACCGUUCAUUAAACUUACAUCAAUUUUUAUUACAUUAAGAGCCAUACAAUAUGCAUUGCUUUUCUUUGCACCGACAGCUCAAUUCGAUACUUCAACAGAGUUACUUCUUUCAUCUUUGGCACCAGAUAGCGAUAUUGAUUCGUUUUGGAAUCGACAUCUUUGGAAUAAGUUAUUAUCAUGGGAUUCAGUGUAUUUCAUCAAAGGAAUGACUCAACACUCUUCAGAACCACAAUAUGAACAUGAAUAUGCAUUUUCACCAACGUGGGUUAAAUUGAUAAGAUUGAUUGUCUCAAAGCAAAAUAAUACAGAGUUCUAUCAUAUCUUAAAAGUUGGUAUUAUAAUGAACAAUAUAAUAUUCUUUGUCUCAACAUUGUUGCUGUAUGAAUUGACAUUUCAAACGUUCAGAAAUAAAAAAAGUAUUCAUUAUUCAAUUAAUGAUUCAUUAAAACUAUCCAACUUAUCAAGUAUAUUUUUUAUUUGUUCAAGUUGUUCUGGCUUUGUCAUUAGUAUUUAUUCUGAACCAUUGUCAAUAUUAGGAUCAUUCGCAGGUAUGUUGUUACGUGAAUUAUCUUUAAACUCAGUGUUAUCAUCAUCGUCAACACUAGGCAACUUAUUUUACAUUGGUUCGUGUUUUGGGUUUAUUUUGGCUGCCAUCAACAGAUCCAAUUGUAUCCUAUUGGGAGUAUUUUACCUAUUUGACUUAAUACAUGGAUUAAAGGAAUUCAGAAAGACAAGAAUAAGUCGAAUGAUAACUUUACCAAUACUAUGUGGUACUGUUCUCGGCAUUACAUUCAUUUGGAGUCAAUAUUAUAUCCCAUAUAAUAGAUUCUGCACCACAAGUAAUGAUAUGGAAUGGUGUCAAACGAGUCUCUUCCAUAUAUGGGGCCUUAAACAAAUAACCAAGACAUCUAUGUAUUCAUAUAUUCAAAAUGAAUAUUGGAAUGUUGGAAUUUUCAAAUAUUGGACGAUUAAUAAUUUACCGAAUUUUUUAAUUGGAUUACCUAAUUUUAUUUGUAUGGUAUUUUCCUGUAUUUAUUUUAGCAAGAUUUAUCCAUUUAAUAAUAUGAAACCAUUGAUUUUUGUUUGUUCCCUUUUCCUUUGCAUAAUUUUAGUUUUGGCACAUUUCCAAAUUAUUAAUAGAAUCAAUUCGUUUAUACCGUUACAUGUUUGGUAUAUAGCUGAUAGAUUAUUGAAACAAUCUAGAAGAACCAUUACGAAUGCAAAUGAGGAGGAAGGAAAGCAAAUAGUACUGACGGGUGAUGAUAUAAUAGUUAAAUGGUAUAUUAGAUGGUUAAUCAUUUGGAUACCAUUACAAACAAUUCUAUUUGGAUUCUUUUUACCACCAGCAUAA